CAGUCCUUGUUUCCUUCUCGGACUUGCAGCUCUGGGCGCCUACAAACCGCACACCAAGCGGCUCGCUGUGGCUGGAAGCGUAGACAGCGUCAGUCGUCGGGUUUGUGUUGGCACGGAGCCAGGCUUGCCGGGCGCGGUUCUUGGGUUCCCUGGGUUAGUGCUGUCUCCGGCGCCCGACGGGUGGGUAAGCGGGCCGCGGGCCGGGGCUCCAGGACCCAACUCAGCUGCACCUUGGCCCCGCCCCGCCCUCCUUCCGCGUCAUUGGCAGCAGCACGCGCGUCGGGGGUUGCCAGGGCGACGGGUCUCCAAGCUAAGAAUCCGCGCUAACCCAAACCAGUCGGCCUCCAGCAGAGGGAGCGGCGGAGGCCGGAGGUGGGGCGGCCGAACGCGGCACGCCGCGGCGGGGCCCCAGGGGGGCGCCUCCUCCCCGCCCGGCACGGCCUCCCUCCCGGAGCAGGGACAGGCCGGGGCGGGGGGCCCCGGAGCCAGCGCGGCCUCGGCCCCGUCUAGGAGGCCCAGGGGCCGCCAGGGCGGGGCGAUGCCGGGCGGCGGCGGCGGCCCCGCCCGGGGCUGGUGACCAUGGGCAUCGCCGAGUCUACGCCGGACGAGCUGCCGUCGGACGCUGAGGAGCAACUGCGCAACGGCGAGCAGCAGUUGGAGCUGAGCGGGAGGCGGCUGCGGCGGCUGCCCAGGGCCGUGUGCGCGCUGAGCCGCCUACAGAAGCUGUACGUGAGCGGCACGGGGCUGCGCGAGCUGCCGGAGGAGAUCGAGGAGCUGCGCGAGCUGCGCAUCCUGGCGCUCGACUUCAACAAACUCGAGCGCCUGCCCGACGGCCUGUGUCGCCUUCCGCGCCUCACGCGCCUCUACCUGGGCAGCAACCGGCUGCUGGCGCUGCCCGCCGACUUCGCGCAGCUGCAGAGCUUGCGCUGCCUCUGGAUCGAGGGCAACUUCCUGCGGCGCUUCCCGCGGCCGUUGUUGCGCCUGGUGGCGCUGCAGUCGCUGCAGAUGGGCGACAACCGGUUGCGCGCGCUGCCCGCGGAGCUGCCGCGCAUGACGGGCCUGCGCGGCCUCUGGCUCUACGGCAACCGCUUCGAGGAAUUCCCGCCCGCGUUGCUGCGCAUGGGCCGCCUGCACAUCCUCGACCUAGACCGCAACCGCCUGGGCGGCUUCCCCGACCUGCACCCGCUGCGCGCCCUGCGCGUCUUCUCCUACGACCAUAACCCGGUCACUGGCCCCCCCCGCGUGGCCGACACAGUCUUCCUUGUGGGCGAGGGCGCCGUCGAGCGCAUGGCCGAGCGCGAUGAGCCCACGCCCCGGCCGCCGCCCAGGCGCCCAGCGCGGGCCUUUGAGGAUGAAGAGGAAGAAGACCUGCUCAUAGGGGGCGGUAGCUCCCGGGCUCUGGGGGCCCCCGGCGACAGCCUCCGUGCCCUGGAAGCAGCUCCAGGAUUGGGCACCUGAGCCUGUGAUCUGAACGAUGGGCUUUGGCCAGUCUGGGAGGAGGGGCUCCGGGAAGGUUCGUGGGAACGGUGGGUCCCUACUUGGGGGCAGAGGAGGGGUCAGUUUGGGCACACUGCCAGGGACAGGCAGGCCUGGGAGCCAUCUUCAGACAUUCCAGGGUGAUGAGAAGACUGCCUCCCGGCUGGUCCCUGGGCAGUCGUCAGGCCAAGAAGUCCCAGCUCUCUCCACCUAUAGCUCCUCUGGCCCCUGAUAGAGUCACUGACAACACAAUAAAAGCACCAGCUUCUUCCUGGAACCAGGGUCACCACUGACCACGGAAUCAUCUCCUCGGCUGAGUCUGGAUGCCCAAGGCCCCCACCUCCGACCGGAGUUUGGAUCUUUUAGGUCCACCCUUUCUGGCGCAGGAGCCACUACCUCUGGGGUGGACCACAUGCCUGCAUGAGGCAGAAGUGCGAACAGAAGAAGGCCUGGCCCAGGGGCAGGGGGCUUGGAGCUGGAGCCUGUGCCCUGGACAGACAGGUGUAGGAGCCGGGGAUUGGGGACCAAACACCACAGCUGCCCUUGCCCCUCCACCGGGGCUCAUGGUACAUACCUCCCUCUCCAGGCCUCCUAAAUUUUGUGUGGGGAAGGGGUGGGGAUAGGGGGUCAGCCAGAAGGCAAGGUCUCUGCCCCUGCCUUUUCUUCUGUUCUCUUCUCCCAGCUUGUGUGCGGAAUCUUGCUGCAAAGAGAACAGGCCCUCCCUUCCCCACGGCCUGAGCCUUCCAGCUGUCAGGUUUGAAAAGAAGCCACUGUGCCUCCAGGGCCUCCUGCACCAAGAGAGAGGCUCUCUGCUCUGGGCGGCUGCUCCUGUGUAGCCACCGCCUGGACUCUCCAUUCCCUUAAAUGGGCAGCGUCAGGGUGGUUGGCACGGUGUGGGGCAGGGGACGAGCCCUGUGUGCCUCCUCUCCGUCACCAGGACAGCCUCCAGGGGGUGAGGAAUGAGGCUUUGCUCUGCAGUUCCCAGGGUCAGAUCUUUCCCAUCCAAGCAAUAAUGGGAGGAAGGCCCAGGGCCAGGGCCACUCAGGGACACUGUCUGGGGCGGAGGCCCCACAUGGUGGUGUUUUCUUUAGGAAGA